CCCGCGCCUGCGCUCCGCGGCGCGGGCGCCAUGGCCGUGCACUACUGCGGGCUGUGCCGCCGCAGCGCCUUCACCGGCCGCCGGCACCUCUACAGCGCGGGGCAUCGCCGGCGGCUGCGGGAGACGCUGGCUCGGCUGCAGGAGGCGACGGCGGCGGCGCGGGCGGCUGUGGCCGAUGUGGCCGCGGCCGUGCAGCGCUACGACCCAGCGGAGCACGAUGGGCGCGUGUGGUGCCCGUGCUGCGGGCGCGGCGUGCGGAGGGACAGGCGGUGCGGCGGGCGGGCACUGCUGCAAGCCGGGCUGCUGCGGCACUUGGCCGGGCCCGAGCACCGCCGGCAGACGGCGCGGUUCUGGCGGGAGAACCGGGCGGAGGCGGCGCUGCGGGAGCGGUGCCUGGUGCCGGCCGAGGAGUACGAGCGCUUCGCGCAGGCUCUAGAGCAGGCGCUGAGCGAGCACCAGCGGCGGGAGGAGGAACGCAUCCUCCAGAUGGCGGCCGACAUCCGGGAGACCGAGCGCCGGCAGCGAGAGACGGUGCAGGCUGCGCUCCAGCUUCAAACAGAACCAGAGCUUUGUGCAGGACCUUCUGUCUGCAGGCCCCCCGCGGGACCUGAACGGGACAGCCCUUGUGCUGCAGAACAGCCUGGCCCGAGCAGAAUGCAGACAGGACCUGAUUUAGCCUGGAUGGAAUCAAGCCAGGUUCUGACCUUCAUUGGCCACCAGGAAACAGAAGGAAAAGGAAAUGUCCACACAGGAGCAAAACCUCCAUGGCUAUCAGAGGAAGAAGAUGGAAGUAAACAACAAAUCGGACCUUCCUAUGAGGAAUUUCUCAAACACAAGGAGAAGCAGAAGCUGAAAAAGCUCCCGGUGGAGCGAGUUGGUGCCAACUUUGACCAUACCUCUCAGACAAGUGACAGCUGGCUCCCUUCCUUUGGGCGUGUAUGGAAUCACGGCAGGAGGUGGCAGUCCCGGCAUCAGUUUAGAACUGAAUCAGGGGAAAAGAAGAAAAAAAGGUGAUCAGAUGAGGAACACCAGACACCCAGUGCUGCUGUGGAAAGGCUGACUGUAGGUAGCUGCAGUUUUGUUGCUGACUGCCCUGUAAGGACACAGUGUCCAUCUCAGCAUCACGUCUAAAGCCACACAAAGUCAGGUCCUGCCAGCAAGGACAGGCUCCUGUGGAUGCCCUAUCUUCACUACCAGAAAGCCUACUCUAUACAGCAAGUGAUGCCAGUGGCCUAUGCUGACGUGGAACAUCCCAUUAAAGAAAGAAUUUUCAGAGAAAUAAACUUUUUUUUUUUUAAAAUGCUUCUGUGUUUGUAAACCAACUGAAACUCAUUUCAAAUGCAGGGCCCACCCUGCAGGCAACCAAUGCCAGGUGCCUGAUAUUUUCAUUCAAAUUUGUAUUGCUUUCCUUCAUUCUAACAUUCAUCCUUUACAUGGGCUAAUAUCACUGGCUGCUGUAGGUGAUGCAAAGUUUCUUCCCUUUUAGCAAUGCAUUUCUAACACUAAUAAAAGGCAAAAACCAGCUGGUAGAGGACAACAGCCAUGACCUCUACUAGAAUUCGCUAUCAA